UUGAACCUUAACAGCCCUGCUCUGUAGUGACCACUGGGCGGUGCUGCUGCUUCCCUCAGUGAUCUGAGUUCCUCAGCCAUUUGGGAGAAUUGACCAUUUUCAUUUGUAUUGAAUCAUUUCAGCAGAUUUCCUGAGAACCAGGGAGGGCAAAGGGAGAGAGCUGCAGCUUACGUGUCUUCUAAGGGACUCUGCUAGGGGGUCGUAUGAAACGGCGACAAAAGAGGAAACAUCUGGAAAAUGAAGAAUCCCAAGAAAGUGUUGAGAAGGGAGGAGGAAUCUCAAAGACACAAGAGGAUGUCUCUCAGCCUGAAUCCACCGGUGUGCCCAAAGGCUGUGGCCUAGGAGUAGGGGAGGUCUCUUCUGCUUCUGAAUACUUCUCUUGUGUUUCUUCUCCACGCAAGUUCAUCCAUGUUGGAAUGCGGAGAUUACAUCGAGACAGUCCCCAGCCUAGAUCUCCCCUACUCCAGUUUCAGGAACAAGGGGAGUUGGCUCCCCCCUCACAGCAUGUCUCCUUCUCGUCCCCUUCAUCCUAUAAGACCUGCGUGUCCUCUGUGUUUAUAAGCAAAGAGGAAAGGGGCAUGAAAAUAUACUACAUGAAGGUACAAAUGCAAAAAGGUGUGGCUGUCUCCUGGGAGACCAAAGAAACCUCCGAGUCACUAGAAAAAGAGCUGAAGAUGGAAGAAGUGACCCUUCCCGAGAAAGUGCGGGUAGGUGCCCCCCCCUCUGAUGUGUCCACCAGAAACCUCCUGUCUGACAGCGAGCCCGGCGGGGAGGAGAAAGAGCAUGAGGAACGGGCAGAGCCAGACAGCCCACUGGGGUCCCCUGCAGUGGAGGAGAGACCCAGGGCCAAGACACCGGACUGGCUGGUGACCACAGAGACUGGCUUCAGGUGCAUGGCCUGCUGCCGGGUCUUCUCCACCUUGGAGAUCCUCCAGGAGCACGUGCGGUUUGGGAUCAGGGAGGGCUUCAGCUGCCACGUCUUUCAUCUGACCAUGGCUCAGCUGGCAGGCAGUGUGGAAUCAAGGAGCAUCCAGGAGGAGGAGGAGGAGGAGGAGGAGGAGCAGGAGCAGAAGAAAGAGAAGCAAGAACAAAAGGAGAAUGAGGAUGAGCAGCCCAUAGGGGAAGACCUUGGCAUGAGGAGACCUUGGAGCCAGUGUCCUGGCUAUGUGUUUCAAUCUCCAAAGGACAGGAACAAUUGAGUUACAUGGGCCAGAAGAUCCUGGAAGAUGGU